UGGAGACAGGUUCUCCUUCAGUCGCUGAGUCAACCUCGUUGAGGCAAGACGGAGUAGAUAUGGCUCGAUGGACGUUGGCCUUAGGACUGCUGCUUGUAAUGGUGGCAGCAGCAUAUGCAGGUGAUAUGAUGCGCAAGUCAAUUGUGUUCAACAAGAAAACUCCAGAUGUAUUCUACUGCCCACAGCGGAAGCCAACAGGUUUUGACAAAAUGAUUGUUCAGGCAAAACCUCUAAGCAAGUUGUGUGAACAUGGUGGUAAUAAACUCCCAUCAGACUACAAGAGUGAUUGUUACAAUGAUGUUGAUGAGUCAGAAUAUGCCUGCAAAGAAAAGUAUCGCAUCAUGAUGAGACUUCAUCCCCCAGGCAGUGAGGAUGCUGAGAAGUAUUUCUCAAAUGGUUUCACCUACAAAGGAAAGAAAAAUGCUGCUUACAAAAAGAAACCUUUACAUUAAGUGACAAAGUGUAAAGUGUGAUUUUGGUUUUAGUCAUAUAAAUAUUGUGAAUUUGUAUGGUUAUUCAGCAGGUAACAACAAAUUAUUAUCAUGUUCAUACUGAUUUUAAACUAUACAUUUUAUAUUCUGAAUAUUACAAGUGCUUAGUUAAAUAACCCUUAAAAUGUAAGAAUAAAUUACAAAUGUUUUAUAUGAAUCUGCAAAUU